AUGCUAAACAUUAUUGCCAAAUUCUAUUUGCUUUUAAUUCUAUACAUUAAUGCCGAAUUCUAUUUGCUUCUCCUCCUUUCAUCUAGAAUUCGAGACUUCAAUGAGAUCCGUUUUCCAUGCGCUUCAUGUCUAAUUCCAUCCUCCAUUCUUGUUGCUUCAAACUUGAUCCAAAACUCAUCAACUACACCGAUGCUGACGAUCAUACUUCUAACACUCUUUGUAAAUUUGGAGGCAGCACGCCGUCCUGCACAAACCGGACAGCCGGCUACUACUACUCUCUUCAUGACUGUACUCUAUGAGAAGGGUCGGGAAGAGGAAUACAUCAAACUUGCAAAAAACGAGCUUCGAAGACAGCUGAAGCGUCACAUUAUUCCUUACAUCGAAAGUAUGGUCAGUGUGAAUGCCCGCAAUGAGAGUGGUAGAGUAGCAUUAGAUAUGAAAGUGUCAAAAGUGCCAGACUGUAAUUUGGUGCUAAAAAUGGCGAAGGAUGCAGAGGAUUCAGGAGUCCUAAUAAAUUCCGCAACUGUGCAGUGUGGAGGCGGCGCCGCUAGAAAAGUUUAG